CUAUUUGUAGAUCCUUGUGAUGGAUUACUGCCGUGUGUGUGUGUGUAAGAGAGGAUAGAGAUUUUUUGUUCCUGUGCUGUUCCGUAUCCCCCUUUCUUCAGGCAGACGGCAGAGCGCUGCUGAGCAAAGCAGUGAGGCAGGAGAAGAAGCGGCAAAGCAACUCCUCCAAGAAGAGGGAAAGGAGAGUUUGUGCACAAAGUGAGAGCGCAGGAGCUGCUUUUUUUUUUCUCUCCUCGCAUUCUGGAAACGGGAGAGUACUAGCCCGGGCGCUCGUGUCUCAAAGCUUGCGAGAUCAUGCCUGCGAGAGGAGGACAAUCUGUAGGCAGACUGGUGGAGGCGUGUAUCCGGAUACUGCUGCUGUGCAAGGCUGCCACGGCAUGCCCUGCGCUCUGCACUUGCAGCGGCACCACAGUGGACUGCCACGGGCUGGGGCUCAAAACCAUGCCCAGGAACAUACCCCGAACCACAGAGAGGCUGGAACUGAAUGGAAACAAUCUCACACGCAUCAACAGAAAUGACUUUUCUGGACUCAAGUAUCUUCGAGUUUUGCAGCUGAUGGAGAACCAGAUUGGGACCGUGGAGCGCGGCGCGUUUGAUGACAUGAGAGAGCUGGAGAGACUACGUCUGAACAGAAACCAGCUUCACCAGCUUCCAGAGCUCCUGUUUCAGAAGAACGCGGCUCUGUCCAGACUAGACUUGAGUGAGAACUUCAUCCAGGCGAUUCCUCGAAAGGCCUUCAGAGGAGCGACGGACAUCAAGAACCUUCAGCUAGACAAGAAUCACAUCAGCUGCAUCGAGGACGGAGCUUUCCGACUACGUGGACUCGAAGUUUUAACCCUGAACAACAACAACAUCAGCAGCAUCCCAGUGUCCAGCUUCAACCACAUGCCCAAGCUCAGGACCUUCCGUUUACAUUCCAACAACCUGAACUGCGACUGCAAUGUGGCCUGGUUGUCGCAGUGGUUGCGCGAGCGGCCGACCAUCGGUCUGUUCACCCAGUGCAGCGCUCCGGCUCCGCUACGAGGACUUAAUGUAGCCGAGAUCCAGAAACACGAAUUCAGCUGUUCAGGUCAGUCUGAAGACGCUGCAGGUCAGUCGUGUAGUUUUGUCACGGGCUCGUGUCCGGCUGCCUGCACCUGCAGUAAUAAUAUUGUGGACUGCAGAGGGAAAGGACUGACGGCGAUCCCGGCCAACCUGCCCGACAGCAUGGCAGAGAUACGACUGGAACAAAACAGCAUCAAGUCCAUCCCUGCAGGAGCGUUUUCUCCUUAUAAGAAACUGCGCAGAAUAGACCUCAGCAACAACCAGAUUUCUGAGCUCGCUCCUGACGCCUUCCAGGGCCUGCGCUCCCUAAACUCACUGGUUCUGUACGGCAACAAGAUCACCGAUCUGCCCAAAGGAGUGUUUGACGGACUCUACACCCUCCAGCUGCUCCUUUUGAAUGCAAACAAGAUCCACUGUCUUCGCGCCAACACCUUUCAGGACCUGCAGAAUCUCUCCCUGCUUUCUUUAUAUGACAACAAAAUCCAAACGCUGGCCAAGGGCACCUUCACCUCGCUGCGCACCAUCCAGACCCUUCAUUUGGCUCAGAAUCCCUUCAUCUGUGACUGUAAUCUGAAGUGGCUGGCUGAUUACCUGCGCUCCAACCCCAUCGAGACCAGCGGCGCCCGCUGCACCAGCCCUCGCCGGCUCGCCAACAAACGCAUCGGACAGAUCAAGAGCAAGAAGUUCCGCUGCUCCGCCAAAGAGCAGUACGUCAUCCCAGGAACGGAGGACACCAGGCUGAGCAGCGACUGUAAUAAUGACCCCGUCUGUCCAGCCAAAUGCCGCUGCGAGUCCAAUGUAGUGGACUGCUCCAAUCUACGGCUGAGCCGCGUCCCUGAGCACAUCCCAGCAUCCACCACUGAACUGCGUCUCAACAAUAACGAGAUCACGGCGAUAGAGGCCACAGGUGCUUUCAAGACGCUUUCUCACCUGAAGAAAAUAAACCUGAGCAACAAUAAGAUCUCAGAGAUCGAGGACGGGGCAUUUGAGGGAGGGUCUUCGGUCAACGAGCUGCACCUGACGGCGAACCAGCUGGAUUCAGUGCACAGCGGGAUGUUCAGAGGACUGGACGGCCUGCGUAUGCUAAUGCUGCGCAACAAUCGCAUCAGCUGCAUUCACAACAACAGUUUCACGGGCUUGCACAACGUCCGUCUGCUGUCGCUCUACGACAACACGCUGACCACCAUCACACCCGGAGCCUUCGACACGCUGCAGAGCCUCUCAACCCUAAACCUGUUGGCCAACCCGUUCAACUGUAACUGCCACCUGGCAUGGCUGAGCAUCUGGCUGAGGAACCGUAAGAUCGUGACGGGAAACCCGCGCUGCCAGCGGCCGGCGUUCCUCAAAGAGAUUCCCCUGCAGGACGUGGCCUUACCAGACUUCCGCUGCCAGGAGGAUCAAGAGGAAGCGAGCUGCGCGCCGCCCAUCCAGUGUCCCUCGGAGUGCACCUGUCUGGAGACCGUGGUCCGCUGCAGCAACAAACACCUGCGCGUCUUACCCAAAGGAAUCCCGCGCAACGUCACCGAGCUGUAUCUGGAUGGAAACCAGUUCAGCGUGGUGCCAAAGGAGCUGUCCAACUUCAAAAACCUGCAGCUAGUAGACCUGAGUAACAACAAAAUCAGCUCGCUGACCAACUCUUCGUUUGCCAACAUGAGUCAGCUGACGACCCUGAUCCUGAGCUAUAACGCUCUGCGCUGUAUCCCGACUCUGGCGUUUGGAGGUCUUCAGUCGCUCCGCUUGCUGUCUCUGCAUGGUAAUGACAUCUCUGAAUUGCCCGAUGGGAUCUUCAACGACGCUGCAUCGCUGUCACAUCUGGCGAUUGGUGCGAACCCUUUGUACUGUGACUGCCGCCUGCGCUGGCUCUCCGACUGGGUGAAAACUGGCUACAAGGAGCCUGGCAUCGCACGCUGCGCUGGACCGCACGGCAUGGAGGGAAAACUACUGCUCACCACCCCUGCCAAGAGGUUUGAGUGUCAUGGUGAAGCGGACGCUGCUAUACUAGCGAAGUGUAACCCGUGCAUGUCUAAGCCCUGUCUGAACCACGGCAGCUGCGAGGCCGAUCAGACGGAUGGCUACAGGUGUCGCUGUUCAGAGGGUUUUAAGGGCAAGAACUGUGAGACGCCGCACAACACUUGCGUCAGUGAGCCCUGUAAGAACGGAGGAACGUGCCACAUGUCUGCAGAAGAGGAUGAAGGAUUUAGCUGUUCAUGUGCUGCAGGCUUUGAAGGUCCCACAUGUGACGUUGACAUAGACGAGUGUAAAGACAACGACUGUCAAAACGGAGCAACCUGCAUAGACGGGAUCAACAAUUACACCUGUUUAUGUUCCCCUUUUUACACAGGGGAGAUGUGUGAGGAUAUGGAGGACAUGUGUGCUUCUUCUCGCAGUCCCUGCAAACACCAGUCCACCUGCUUCAUCACAGUCACUGGCCCAAAGUGUAUAUGCGCACCUGGUUAUGUCGGUGACGACUGCAGUGUGAACUAUGACGACUGUAAGGACCACAGGUGUCAGAAUGGGGCACAGUGUGUGGACGAGGUUAACGGAUACUCCUGCGUUUGUCCCAAGGGCUACAGUGGACAGCUUUGUGAAGUCCCAUCUACUCCGCGAUCUCUCUGCGACCUGGCUGACUGUCAAAACAAUGCCCCCUGUGUGGAGCGGGGGGGUCAUGCACUGUGCCAGUGCCUGGAAGGGUUUGGUGGACCGCGCUGUGAAAAGUUGGUCAGUGUCAACUUUGUGGAUCGAGACUCCUACCUGCUACUGAGUGACCUGGAGAACUGGCCUCAGGCUAACAUCACGCUUCAGGUGUCCACAGCAGAAGACAAUGGCAUUCUUCUGUACAAUGGGGACAAUGACCACAUUGCUAUGGAGCUUCAUGAAGGUCAUGUUAAAGUCAGCUAUGACCCUGGCAGUCAGCCAAGUCAUGCGAUCUACAGUACUGAGACCAUCAACGAUGGUCAGUUCCACACUGUAGAACUGGUGACCUUUGACCAGAUGGUGAACCUUUCCAUAGAUGGUGGUAUCCCAACAACCAUGGACAGCUUUGGUAAAGUGCAGCCCUUGAGGGGAGAAGCUCCACUAUAUGUGGGAGGCAUGCCGGUCAGCGUCCACCCCACAGCUCCCCGAAUCUGGCAGAUCCAAAACAGCUCCAGUUUUCACGGCUGUAUUCAGAACCUUUACAUCAAUAAUGAGCUACAAGACUUUACCAAAACCCAGAUGAAACCUGGUGUGGUGCCUGGAUGUGAGCCCUGCCGAAAGAUAUACUGCCUCCAUGGCAUUUGCCAACCCAACACCGCUAUAGGCCCCGUAUGCCACUGCCAGCCCGGAUGGAGUGGGCAACACUGCGACCAGCCUUCGGCGAACCCCUGUCUGGGCAGCAAGUGUGUCCAUGGGAGAUGUAUUCCAAUGGACAUGCAGUCAUACCGCUGUGAAUGCCAGGAGGGUUUUCAUGGUGCCCUGUGCAACCAGCAGGAAGAGCUCUUCAAUCCAUGCAGAAAGCUUCAAUGCAAACAUGGUCACUGUCAGAUAUCUGACACAGGAGAUGCCUACUGUCAUUGUGAGGUGGGCUACAGUGGAGAGUUAUGUGACAAGGAGUCCGAGUGCCACGGGGAGCCGGUGCGGGACUUCUACCAGGUCCAGCGCGGUUACACCAUCUGUCAGACCACACGCAUGGUGUCGUGGGUGGAGUGCAGCGGUACCUGCGACACCGGCUCCUGCUGCGCCAGUCAAAGGAUGAAGCGCAGGAAAUACACUUUCGAGUGCAGCGAUGGCACAUCCUUCAGCGAGGAGGUUGAAAAGACCAUCAAGUGUGGCUGUGUGGGGUGCAUGUAGAACACAACCACUAGCAUCACCACCUCAUCACAGUCUGACAGAACCGCAGAAAGAGCCAUCACAAAAAGUCAACAGAAAUAGAUAUCAUCUUUCAUUGGGUAUACAGAGACAUCCCCCCCCCCACCACCACCACCCCAACCCUUUAUAUUUCCACCACAGCCUGAAAUUUCAAACCCUUUUUGUCUCAGAAAGGUAAAAUAACACCAACUCUGCUGAGAGGAAGGCGAGCGAGGUGGCCCCUGGCUUGUUUCAGCCCAAAAGCAGGACAGUAGUCACGUAUUAGAAGAAAAUGAUGGUCUUUUUGACUCUCUCUGCAGUGCAGGACGUGUAUUUGAGCACAUAAGGCUCCAAAAUGGUGACGAAAGGAACAUCCACAUUUCCACCAUGCCUGAAUAAAACUAUAUGUAUGAUAUAUCUGUGUGGAAGAAUACAUCCUCGGAGACGUGCUGGUAAAAUAAAAUGCGUGAAAAACAAGAUGUGCAUGGAACGACAUGCUGUCUUACCAGAUAUUUCCAGUCAUUUUGUGUUGUGGGUGGCACACGGGACUCUUCCAUGUGUCCCUGACCCAAUUCCACUGCAAAUAUGACAUCCUUAAUAAACGACAUGGGGGCCAAAAAUACCCAGCAGCCUUCCAUGUGAACGUGUGAAGAGCUCUGCGACGCUCCUGGUGCCAUGACAUAGAGUUACGUUGUUGGAGGGGAGCUUCUUUACGAUAUCUUGACUUUCGAUAGAUCGAGAUAGCUGACGAAAAUGAAAGUCCAAUAAAAGGAUCCAUUCGAUCUAUUCCAUAUAGUGUUUGUCAUUCCAUUACCUCAAACAGAGAACUCUACAGAAUGUAAGGGAGAGCUGAAAUCAAGCGCUAGAUAGAUCUCAUCGCACCGUUUUCUAAGAUGCAUGCUCAUUGUCAUGUGAUGUCUGGAUUGUGGUUAAUAUUAGUACUGCUGAGCAGAAUAUAGAACAUCGCUUAUCGAAACACUGCUAAAUAUGCAACGCCACUGCAGUUUUUAUAUUGGUCAGUGUUGAAACUGUUUGAGGGGUACAAUAUGACUAUGGGUUAUGACCACAACACUGUACACACCUCUUCGAAGCGACAAUUCUCCCAUCUCCCGCGGACGUAACAGUAACGAUUUCCCAGAUUCCACCAUGUUCUCUUUUUGAUUCCUACAGUAUUACCUCUGCAAGCUGCUGCGUUCAUGAAGGUUUGCAAAUUGCCGUGAACGUCGUCCUAGGAUUAAAACAUAAAUAAGUGCAGUUUGGCUUAUUUCGUUUCAUUUCGGUGGGUGUUUGUUUUUUUGUUUUUUUCUCGAGUUGAUUUCCUUUUCCUAACUCCCUAGACCUUCACUUUAUACAGAAAUGCUUAACAGAUUCUAAUAUAUAUUUGUAUUUCAUUUUGGUAUAGUAUUUUUAUAUGUUAAAGAAUAAAUUUGUGUUUUCAGGAUUUUACUAUCAAGCAGCAGUGUGAAAUUCGGUGACUUUUGGCGUUUUAUUCGGUCAUUGCUUAUGCAGGCUACAGUGGUUUGAAACUGGCCAAAAGCAUAGAUAAUUAUUAGCCUUAUUGUAAUAGGAGCCAGCGUCAAUUGUUUUGGAAGGUUUUUUGUUUUGUUUUGCUUUUUAAUUGUAAAUGUCGUCUUCCAUGUGAAUACCACAUUUAAUUCAUUUAAAAUAUCUUUGUGGUUGAUUUUGUAAUUAUUUAUUUUAAGACCUUUCCAGAUAGAAAGCAGAAAUUUCAUUUACGAGUAUGCAGAUUUUGAGUUGUGAAUAAAGCCAAGAGGAAAAAGAGGUCAAGACAAGGCAUUUAAUAAGGGUAGCUACCAUCCAGUCCUCAUAGCAAGUCGAUAUCCCCGACCGCUACGAACAGUUUCUGUGAUCAAGCGCAGACCAAAAGAAACUACUUGCUUCUGAUGAGAACUAGCAGUAAUUUAAUCCUCCAUACAUUCAUCGUACCACAUGGUUGGUUUCUCCAGAAUAUUUUGUUUCACUUUUGUGGAUACUUAUUGCUCUUAUUGUACAUUGAGGUACUGGGAAUGAAAGUUAAUGUCAAUGUCAUCGCUUCAGUGCAGACAAAUCAUUGGAAAGGGUUACAGACUUCUCAUGUAGAUUGCAUGGGUCUGCGCUAACCUUGUGCCAGUCGCAACCAUCGCGUCAUGAACUCAAGAACCUUUAUUGUGAAAGAUACUGUCGCUGUUGCAUAUAGAACAUUUAAGAGCUCUUGCUGUUUAUUCUUCUGAUGUUACGUUGAUAGUUACACUGACUAACUGCAGUUACUCCGAAUGUAAGUAGCGCCACCAAAAUGUUUACUGAACUUCCUCCUUUUUCAUUCAUUAAAAUGUGUGAUUAUA